GUGGCCUCAACGAAGUGUUUAAAAUUUAAAUCCUUUUUGCUGUGGCUAAUUAUUGAGCAUUUGUGAUUUGGGGCUAACACUCUAACCGAAGAUAUAUCUGUUUUACUUGAAAUUCGGUGCUUUUAUCAAUCUAAAAUUGCACUUUUUUGGGUUAAUCAUAUUUAGUUUGAAUUACUGCUUCGUGUUUCAAAGUGCCAUUGUUUAAAAAUGGAUAGUAAAGUUAGAAACAAUGGGCGACUUAUUGACAUUGUUGGUGAUUCAUGGAGGGCAGAUAAGUUACCAUUUGAUGAUAUUCAAGUGCCCCUUGAAGAGUUACCUGACCCUGAGGCAGAUGGAGCAGAUGCCCGUAUAUCUAUCAAAGAACAUAGUUUAAAGUGGCAAGAAAAUAUACCUGAACCACCAAGCAAUAAUCAAAACUAAGUACUUAACUAAAAUAUAUAGAACAAAUCAAUAUUAGGGAACAAAUACCAAAAUAUCUUAAUGGGAAGGUAAAAUUAUUGACAACUAGAUGUAUAAUUAUUGAAACUGAGAAAAUAGCCAAAAAAGCCCAUGGUGCACUUACUAUAUUAAAGCAGUUUGGAAUACAUGAA